CGACACUCGGUGAAAAGAACAGUGGCACUCCCGUUAUUCUGUAACGAAUUCGAGGUUAAUAUCUAACACAAAUGUUAUAGCUACCCGAUCGUCUCCGUUAACACUACCCGUCCUACGAGUACAUUCCAUUCCAUCAUCGGGGAGGGAAAAGUAUAAACUGUCUCUCUUCUCUCUCGAUUCGAAGAAGCAGGAGCCCUAGUUUCUCUGCGACGAAGUAUCGUUGAUUCUAUACAUUAGAUAGAGUUAGAGAAAUGGUUGAUGUAGCUGAUAAAUUGGCGUAUUUUCAAGCGAUUACGGGGCUUGAGGAUCCCGAUUUGUGCACAGAGAUUCUCCAGGCUCAUGACUGGGACUUGGAACUUGCGAUCUCAUCUUUUACCUCCGGGAACCAGCCGGAUAACCCGUCCAUUGCGGAUACUAGUGGCGGUGACGCUUCGACUACUGUGCAAUCGAAUUCAGACUUUCAAGAUGCGGUAGAACGAUCGGAACCGGCAUCUGCAGGACCUGGUUUGGCGUGGAAACUGGUUACCUUACCGAUUUCCGUUGUUUCUGGAAGUUUAGGGUUGAUCUCGGGGGCGAUUGGGCUAGGUUUGUGGGCGGCAGGAGGUGUUCUGUCUUACUCGCUCGGAAUGAUUGGCCUGGGCUCCAACUCAGCGCGAAAUGGUGAGUCGUCCGCUCGAUUAGUAUCAGUUUCUCCUGCUGCGUCGGAGGCCAUGGAUUUCGUAGCCUACUUCGAGAGGGAGUAUGGUAGUAGGAGACCGAAUUUUGUUAGCGAGGGUUUCAUGGACGCACUUCAGCGGUCUAGGAACUCAUUCAAACUGUUGUUUGUGUAUUUGCAUUCGCCAGAUCAUCCGGACACGCCGGUCUUCUGCGAGAGGACGCUGUGCUCCGAGAUGUUGACCGCAUUUGUGAACGAGAAUUUUGUGGCUUGGGGAGGUAAUAUUCGCGCCAGCGAGGGGUUCAAGAUGAGUAAUAGCUUGAAGGCUUCUCGGUUCCCCUUUUGUGCCGUGGUUAUGCCGGCCACAAACCAGAGGAUUGCUCUGCUUCAGCAGGUUGAAGGACCAAAAUCUCCUGAAGAGAUGCUCACCAUGCUACAGAGGGUCCUUGAAGAAAGUGCUUCUGUUCUAGUUGCUGCUAGGCUUGAUGCGGAAGAAAGAACAAACAACAUGCGGCUGAGGGAGGAGCAAGAUGCUGCUUACAGGGCAGCGCUUGAAGCUGAUCAGGUUUACCUUAAGGGGUCUUUUCCAGCUUUUGCUAGGGAACGCCAAAGGAGAGAAGAGCAGGAACGGCUGGAAAGGGAAGCUGCUGAAGCUGAGAGAAAGCGCAAGGAGGAAGAGGAGGCUCGUGAAAGAGCAGAACGUGAGGCUGCAGAAAGAGAGGCUGCACUAGCUAAAAUGCGCGAGGAGAAAGCCUUAUCACUUGGCGCUGAACCUGAAAAAGGACCUAAUGUUACACAAGUUUUGGUACGCUUCCCAACUGGAGAACGCAAAGAUAGAAGGUUCCAUAGUAGUACAACAAUCCAAACUCUCUAUGACUAUGUUGAUUCCUUGGGCUGCUUAGAUGCCGAGAAUUACAGCCUUGUGUCCAACUUUCCUCGGGUUGUAUACGGUCGUGAGAAACUCAUUUUGUCUUUGAAAGAAGCAGGAUUGCAUCCUCAGGCCAGCCUUUUUGUGGAGAUAAACUAGUGACAUGUCCAAGAGUAGUUCAUAGCAAUAGGACGUUUCUUCUAUUUCUGUUCCAUGUUAAUUAGCAACGGUGCAAUGGGACAAAUUGGACUCUCUUAAUCUCUAUCUGGAUAUCCAUUCUCUUAAAUGGAGGUUCAACCUCUAUUCAUAGAUUCAAAAGUUGCCAAGUGGAAAUGGGUGUUGAAAUAAUUAAUACUAAUUUGCGCAUACAUGAAUUUUAAAAAAGUUGAUGUCAUCUUAGUAUUAGUUGUAAGAAUGGAUUGAUUAAUUUCAUUGAUCUAUAAUUCUA